AUGGACACACACUUUUUCGCUGGUCUCACCAAAUUUAAGCUCGACGCGGGCAAAUUUCGUCGGGAUGAUGACUUCUCAGAUCGAUUCAGUCACACAUUCACCACACUACUGCUGGUCAUUUUUACCCUGGUCAUUUCAGCACGUCAAUAUAUUGGCAAACCAAUUGCCUGUUGGGUUCCGACUGAAUUCACCCGAGCCCAGGAAGAAUAUGCUGAGUCCGUGUGUUGGGUGACCAGUACGUAUUUCAUUCCAACCAAUGAUGUGUCUGUUCCCGUGAAAAUCGCCGACCGGGAAGAUCGUAAAAUUCACUACUAUCAAUGGGUUCCGUUCAUUCUAAUGUUACAAGCGUUUCUAUUUAACUUGCCAUGUAUCAUAUGGAGAUUAUUCAAUUGGCAAUCUGGUAUACAUGUGAGUUUAUUCACUUUGAUCGCUGUGUAUCGCUUUUAUCUAGAAACUCUACUCACGGCAGUUGGUAGAAUGAGUUUGAAUGAAAAAAGACGAGGGGCUGCAGCCAUAGAAUACUCAUUUCCAUCUAAGAAAAGUGCUUAA